AUGAAAUCCCACCUGUACCCUUGCUUGCAUACGAAAGCCACAAGAAUGGUGAUUGCAACAACAGGGAAAUAUACCCGACCGAUAUUUCCAACAUGUGUGGUUCUAUUUAUGGCAUAUGCCCAAUGGGCAUACUCAUAUUACUUCUGUUACUCCCACAUAUACCAAAAGAGUGGUGAUAAAUCAUCAAUGAUCGCCUUUUUGGUAAUCACUAACACUUUAUGGCUGAUUUUAUUGUUGUCUUGGGUAUUAGUGAUCAUACUAGGCCCUGGUUCCCAGGAUGUACAGGUGAAUCCUUAUGAUUUAGAUUGUUAUGCCAGCAAUGGGUACCGACUGACGAAAAACACCGACACCGUUUCAUUACUAUCAGCCGAAAGACCAACAUAUGAAGAUAGCCUGUAUCUGCUAAACCCACCAGACAUCUUUGAGUGUGACCCCAAUGGACUACCUUUCUGGUGCUCUGCAUGUUCUAGCUUGAAACUACUAAGAAGUCAUCAUUCUUCGUUAACUACCAAAUGCAUCCCAUUUUUUGAUCAUUAUUGUUCCUUUAUUGGAUCAACAAUUGGUAAAAGAAAUUAUGGACCCUUCAUGAUAUUUGUUAUUUGUGCUGAAGUGAUGCUACUUUUUACCUCUAUUACAGUGAUAAUUUAUGGGGGAAUAUGGAAUAGCCUAAAUGCAGCCUUUAUAGUUCUUGUUGUGAUAACAGGCACUUUUGCUAUUUUAGUUGGAAACUUACUUUUCAAUCAAAUUAGUGAUCUAUUCAAUGGUGAAACAACUCUUGAGAGGAUGCACAGGAUUAGAUGGAAAAAGAGCUUGCGAUCCAAAACCCCCCAAAAUAACAUGGGCAAUUUAACCUCUUAUGUUAAUACAAUUCACCCAUAUAACGAAAAGUUAAGGAUUGUGGUUGCCUUACAACCAGAUGAUUUACCAUACAACAAAGGAUUUAUUGAAAACUGGAAUUCAUGGUUUUUUGAUAUCUCCAAACUAAAGGAGCCAGAUCAAAUUUCACAUUACAGUUAUACGAUGUUUGGUAUAAAAUUUAAGAAAACCAUUCGCCAAAGAAUAGAGAUUGGUGAAUACAAAAUAUUUGGGGCUAACGAUGGAUUAAGAGGUUAG